AAAAGCUUCAGCUUGUCAAUUCCCAGCUUGGGGAUCAGGAGAAGGAUUCGGCUGCACUGAGUUCAUGAUGCUUUGCUCGUCGUUUUCCAUCUCGCGGCUGGCAAUUCCGGCAGUCUGCACUUUGAUCGCGUUCCUUGCGUACACGUCGCAGUAUUUCUUUCUUCAUUUUGCGGAAGCGCCCCUGAGAGAAAGCGAAGUAUGGCGGAUCAAUCUAUUCGCCCUCUGCAUCUGGAUAUGUUAUUAUCGAUCAUGCACAGUAGAUCCCGGGCAUAUCCCCAAAGACUGGGCGCCGUCUGAUCGUGAACAACUCGAUGCCGAUCAGGCGAGCAGUCGCCAGCGAUGGUGCCGACGGUGCGAUGCGUUUAAGCCACCAAGAGCACAUCACUGCAAAACGUGUCGAAGGUGCAUCCCAAAGAUGGAUCACCAUUGCCCGUGGACGUCCAAUUGCGUCUCUCAUUUCACAUUCCCACAUUUCGUCCGCUUUUUGUUUUAUGCGGUCAUGGGGAUGGGGUAUUUGGAGACUCUUAUCGUCGAGCGAGCGGCUAUUGUUUGGGCCUCUAGAAAUCUUCCAAGUUAUUUGGGACCUAGCGUCGUACAGAUGGCUCACCUGUUGGUUCUGCUUGUCUUGAACAGUCUAACGCUUUUUGUUCUAUUCAUCCUUCUUGUCCAGACACUUCAUUCGCUGGGCUCGAACACUACGACUAUUGAAUCAUGGGAAAUUGAACGGCACGAAACUCUCCUCCGAAGAGCCAGGCAUUUUGGAGGAUAUCUUCCGGGCCCCGGGGGGGUCAGAGUACGAAUCCAGAAACAGGAGUUCCCAUAUGAUAUUGGCAUCUGGUCCAAUAUCCGAGAUGGGAUGGGCGGGAGCGCUAAUAUCAUCGGUUGGUUUUGGCCAUUGGCUCGAACACCUAACAGGAAAACAGGGUUGCAUUUUGAGGUUAAUGGGUUCGAUGACCCGAGUCUUUCAUGGCCGCCACCAGAUCCGGAUCGCAUUCCUGUACCGGCGACGAAUCAGCAAAGCCACAAUGGCUUUACUGCUGCUGAAGCUGCCUUUAAUCGCCGUCAAGCAGGGGACUUGAAACGAAGAGGACCCGGAGAUUUCCAGCGCCGCAAGCGGUUCCACACCAGGCUCGAUCAGGAUCGUCGUGAAAGUGACUCAUCCGACGAAGGUAGCCAGACCAGCAACGGAGAUUCCGAUAACGGCGAGGAGGGGUGGAGGAAUUCGGAAGGCGAACGACUGGGCGAUUUCGGAGUCGAUGAAGAUGCCGAGUUCUACGACGAAGAGGAUAUUCCGUUGGCUAUUCUGAUGCAACAACGAGCGUGGCAGCAGCGGAAAUGAUGGCCGCCCAUGUGAAUUAGGAGUCCAGGGUAAUCCAGGGUAAAAAAAAAAAAAAAACAAAUCAAAUCAAAAGUAAUUCCUUAUUAGGUACAUGGUUAUAUCUUCUUCGCAACUCCUCGGAGUCUAACAUAUCCCAACCACUG